AUGUCAAGUUAUGAAGGUGAGCCAAUAUAUUCUAGACGUGGGAGUGUUCUUCAUGAGACAAUUUGCUUCUCAUAUGAUGAUGAACAUACAAGCCAUGGUAUAUUUUUCAAGGAAGAUCGUCCUCUCAAAUUCAUACUUCCAGUCUUUAUGGUUCAAAUCAUCAUGGCUUUCAUUCUAUCACGGCUCGUUUACUUUGUUCUUAGACCGUUAAGACAACCCAGAUUUGUCUGCAAUGUUUUGGCUGGGAUUGUCUUAGGACCCUCUGUCUUUGGGCGCAAUAAGAAAUUCAUGGAAACAUUAUAUCCAGCAAAAGAGAUGCUAGUAUUCAAUACAUUGGUAAAGCUUGGAAUAUCAUAUUUCAUCUUCCUUACUGCUGUAAAAAGAGACUUAGCUUCAAUGCUAAAGAAAGCAAAAAAUGUUUGGGCAAUAGCUAUAUCUAGCUACUUGUUUCCUAUAGUAUUCUCCCAUUUUUUCCCAAAUUCCAUGAAGAACCAAAUUCUACGAUGUCUUCGUAAUAUGCCAUUUUCCUUCAUUGGAUUUUCUCUAACACAGAGUUUAUUCUCUGCUGUUGCCAAUAACUUGGAAGAACAAGACCUUAUAACUACAGAAUUAGGACAACUUGCAGUCUCUUGUUCCAUGCUAACUGAAGCUUUUACAGCAUUGCUUUCUAACAUUUACGUACUCGUGUUAAUGUUUUCUACAGCUGGAACUUAUUUCACUGCGUUAAAGUAUUUGCUUCAACAAUGCACUGUGAUAUUUUUUGCUAUAUAUGUAAUAAGGCCAGCUUUAUUACAAAUCAGCAAGAAAACUCCAGAGGGACAAUCUGUGAAUGAGUUCUUUGUCAUAGCAAUUCUUGUCGGAGCUUUGAUAAUGGUUUUAAUAUCAGACAUUUUAUGGAUAUCCUUUGUUCCUGGUGCUUUGAUCAUGGGUUUUCUCGUACCAGAUGGACCUCCACUUGGUUCAACCAUAGUACAAAAAUCAGAGCUCAUGAUCACUCAAUUCUUCUUGCCUUUGUUCUACAUUCAAGUUGGUUUUCUAACAGAUGUCUCAUCAAUAAAGGAUAUGGAAGCAUUCUUCGGCUUCUUUUUCUACCUUUUUAUGUUGAAUUUGUCAAAGACAUUAGCAAUUGCAUUGGCUUCUGUGCUUUUUGAUAUAAGAUUUAAGAAUGCUUUCUUGUUGGGAUUGAUUCUGAACUUCAAAGGCAUAGAAGAUUUCACCCUGUAUGAAAGAUGGCGAGCAGAUAAGCUUAUGAAUAAUCAGAAUUAUGCCACAUUAAUCCUAUUUUGCCUCUUCUCAAACAGUAUUACAUUCCCUUUAACAGAAAUUCUCUAUAAGCCUCAUGUUAGUCUAACAACUGCGUAUCUGCAUGGUAAAGCAAUGAGAUUACGAACACUCCAAUCAACUCCUAAAGAUGUUGAAUUACGUGUUCUUUCAUGUGUUUUUCAUGAAGGUAAUGUCCAUGGCCUUAUCACCUUGCUCAAAGUUUUCAAUCCCAGUAAAAACAGAGCAGUCUGUGCCUAUAUCACCCACUUAGUUGACCUUGUCGGCCGAUCAGCUCCAUUGUUGAUCCCCUACAACAAAUAUAAAAAAAGAUUCGUACCCAAAUGCUCACAUCACAUAAUGAGAGCUUUCAACAAUUUUGCAGCAGAUAAUAAUAAGUAUUCUGGUGCAAUCACAGUACAGCCAUUCAUAGCUGUUGCUCCUUACAAAAGCAUGCAUAACAUCAUUUGUAAUCUUGCUCAAGACAGACAAGUUCCUUUGAUCAUUGUCCCAUUUGGUGGACAUCAAGAAGUUAUUACUAUACAAAGCUGUGUAAGGAAUUUUAAUGCUAUGCUACAAUUACAAGCUUCAUGUACUAUUGGAAUCUUAAUAGAUAGAGGAUUGUCUCUAGAGAUGAUAAACUCAAAUCACAGCUUCAAUGUUGCUGUGCUUUUUGCUGGUGGUGCUGAUGAUCGUGAAGCUCUAGCAUUAGCAAGUAGAAUGUCGGGGAAUCCAAAAGUGGGAGUCACAGUAUUCAAAAUUCGUUGCAAACAGGAAGAAGGACUCAUGUUUGAGAUGGAGAGGCAAUUGGAUGAGAUAGCCAUGAAUGAGUUUAAGGAGAAAACUGCAGGAAAUGCUAGUGUUGUUUGCUCAGAGAUGGCUGCAAAUAAUGGGUUACAAAUGAUGGAGGUGAUUAGAUCAUUGAGGAAAAAUUAUAAUCUUGUUAUAGUAGGGAAGAAUAUAAGAAUACCACAAUUUCAGAAAGAAAUGAAGCAAUGGGUUGAGUAUGUAGAGCUGGGUUUGUUAGGAGAUGUUCUUGCUUCAUCGGACUUCAGAGAUAGUUCAUUGUCAGUGUUAGUUGUAAAACGUAGUGAGUUGGAUGAUGGAUACAAUCAUCAGCAGUUUUGUAUUAAGACAAUUGAGAGUUGUAAUCCAUAUAUUUCUUGUCGAGAAGAAAUUAUGAGAUGA